AUGGCGACAGCGAAAACCCCAACGGCCACAGAUCCGGCAAGGGAGAACCUGUUCAAAACGGCACCGUUGGUUGUAGGAGCUUCGACGGGCGAUCCCGAAGAUGUGGGAGAGGUGGCCGGAGAUUCAGGGGAAGACGAUGGGGGAGAAGGUGGAGAGUCUGUGACGGGAGAUUUAGAAGGAGCAGUCGAGGGUGGAGUGCCCGAAGGAGAAGGUGAAGCAGCUGGUGGAGUGCUCAAAGGAGAAGGAGCGGCGGCAGGUGGAGUGCUCAAAGGAGAAGGGGCAGAGGCAGGGGACUUGGCUGGGGAAGAUGCAGGGGAUUGUGCCCUUGUUGAGGCCAACAAGAGAGUAGCCAUUAGCACAAAAACGACAGCGUUGGAUCGAGCCAUUGUAGAGAGAGUUGAAGAGAAAGUAAGGGAGUUUAAGAAGCAGAUUGAGAAGCGCGGGAUGGGUUUAAGGAGAGAAGGGAGAGGGCGUUUUAUAGGGGAUGGCUGA